AUGGAGGCAUUACGCUUGAAGCCACGGCAGCCCGUGGAAGAACAGAUUGAGGAUUGGGAUGAUGGCGACUUCCAGAUCGAUGCCGGCGAGGCCCCCUUUCGCCCCGCCAAUUCGCACAACCAACCGCCGAGCCGUCGCGACUCGCACUCGUCCGUCAUGUCCUUGCGCUCCGAGCUCGAGUCACUACCCGGCGACGAGAGGCAGCUGCAUCUGCCUGGCGAUGACGAGCGGUCGACCCUCGACGCCAUUGCCGCUGCCACCAAGGCCGGCAUCCCUAUCCCGCAAAACGUCCCCUCGUCAGCCCUCAUGGGCGGCACGAUCAAGCGCCUGGGCGGUCGCAAGAUUAAGAGGAUCAUCCAGGACGACUGGGAGAACGAUCUCGAGCUGCCGGAUUCCGCACAAGCCCUUCGCAUCAAACCACAAGACGCCUCGCAGUUCCCCGACGCCCUGCGGCAAGUAAGCGGUCCUCACUCGAGCCCCACCAAAUUGUCGGCCGCCGUCCGUCUGUCCAUCAGCAAGGACGAGCGGAGACAAUCUACCAUGUCCAUGUCGAGCGUCGUGUCGGGCGCUGCCAACCUGGACAAGUUUAAAGACAACGAUGAUGAAGACGAUGACUUCUUCGGUGACGGAGGCGCUACCAUCAAAGUGUCCAAGACCCGCCCACCCAAGCCCAUCUCCCUCAUCACGCCACCCACGCCGCAGAAGAUGGAGAAGACGGACAAGAUUGCUGGUGCCGACGACGACUUUGAGGGCGACUUCGAGCUGCCCUCUGACGGCAAGCUCAAGCUCUCCACGCGCAGCUUGGGCACUCGAUUCGGCGGCACCAGGAGAGACGGCCGAUCCAACCGAAGCUCCUCGGCUUCCGCCCUCAGCCCCAGCGUGUCCAGCUCGUUCACUGCCGAGAGUGAAGACGACACCUUUGAGGGCCUCCUGCUGCCAAGCGGACACGUCAACUUUGAGGAGCGACUCGUGCGAAACAGAAAGAGCCGCUCGCCUGUGCGUACUGUGGAAGAGGAGCCUGCCGAUCUCAAGACUCCUCAGCCUCAGGUCCAGGCGCCUCAGGGUCAGCCCGCACCGCGCGCUCCCCAAGCCGAAGCCGACAAGGAUGACAUGUUUAAUGAUCUUGAGCUCGGCGACGGCGAAGUCUUUGAUUCGGGCAAGCUCACAUUACACCGUAACAUCCGCAUGAACACAAACCGCCCCGCCAGCCCGACGCGGCCCAAGACGGCCGUCUCCAUCACCUUCACCAACAAGCCCGUGCAGUCACGUCUGCCGAGACCGAACCAUGAGCGCGCUCAGUCAUCUUUGGAGCCCGUGUCGGAGAGUGGCGGUCCUAUUCAGUCCAGAUCGAGGCGGUCGCAGUCACGCAUGGGUCACUCGUCACAUUCUUCUGUCACCAGUCUACCCACACCAACGACGCCUUCUCCCAUUCAGCUCCUACAGCCCGCGACGCCCCGCAGGCGAGAGAUGAGCAAGCCUACAUCCCACGCCUCUCUCCGCAACGAACCCACCACCACCAGCUCCCAGCUGCUGAAGUUUAAGCGAUCCUUGCCGGCCAUGCGAGCGACGCCGCAGUCGCCCGCCAAAGCCCCCAUUCCUCGAUAUGAGAGACCCCCCUCUCGGACCGAUGGCCGCCCGCAGUCGUCUCUGCGACCCAAGACACCGGUCGAGAGACGAGCUGCUGGAGAGCCCGCGCUUCAGACGGCCCGCAAGCCGUUCCUGCCCGCUGGUUCAUCUACCACGCACUCACAUCACAUAUCUGCCAAGACGGGACGGUCACUGCGACGUCACGACUCGAACAGUUCCAUUGAUCUCCGGCCCGCCUCUAGGACCGUCUCCCGGUCCGCGAUGCGCUCGCCUAGUCCGCAGCGCCUCCACCGCAGCGCUAACCAGAUCGCCCAAGGCGGACCGCGGGCUGGCUAUUACCAGAACCGAUCCAAGACGUUUGGUGACGGGCAUGAGCUCGACGCUUUUGACGACCUGCCUACGUCCAGCCAGGCAGAGUCCAAGUACGUCUGCCAGCCAGCAAAGGCGCCUCUACGAAACAAGAUUUACCAGAACGUGCUGCCCGACCGCAACACUACCCCCUCACCGGUGCCUCAAUCGCCAGCCAGAUUCGACCGAUCUGACAGCACACCACACUUUGCCCGCGACACUGCAGCCAGCAGGAUCGCGCGGGAGACGUCACUGGCUCACCGUGCUCCUUCCAAUGGACCGCUCGCACAAUUGACGACCCAGCGUGUUGCGCAGCUUUCUAGCAGAAACAACUUUCACCCGGGUGUCCCACAGCCGACGGUGCGCUCUAAGAAGCAUCGCAGCAAGCCUCCGCAGCUCAAGCCGCAUUUGAUCACCAACAUGAAUAAGGACAAUUCUUCGAGGCACGAGAAGGGCAUGUUCUAUAACCCACAAACACACCGAUGGGAAGGCAACGAGAACGCGCUCAGCGCCUUCGACCCCCCAAUGCCUUCACCUUCGACUCUGACCCCCAUCGCUCAUCUGCCGCGCGAGAAGGAGACUGGCACACCUCGCCCGGCUCUCAUCACCAACAUUACCGGGACCAAGAACGUUCAGGUCGUCGGAGGCAUGGUGUUUGACCCGCAGAACAUGUGCUGGCUCAAGCUGGACCCUCAGAACAAAGCCAAGUCCGAGUCCAAUGAUACGAUGGAUGGCUUCAACGCCCUGGACGACGAUGACGAUGUUUUCAAAGACAUCCCCGACCUCGAGGACCCUCCUGCAGACUCUGCCGAAGGCGGCCACGGCCGUGUCAGCGAUGUCAAAGACGACUGGCUUGUCGGCGAGGAGUUUGACGUCGGCCCCGAAUUCGUGCGCCGCCAGCGUGAGGAAGAAGACCGGUGGAGGAAGAAGUGUGAGAAGUGGCUCGACGUGCCCGACCGCAACCGCGAGACCUGGCGCUGGGCCAUCCGCGAUCUUCUUGUGCACCAGCGCACCACGGCGCAAUAA